CCAAAGGUACUAGAAAUAAAUAUAUUUAUUAUUCUCCUACCGAGUCCUCAAGGAAAGGAGACAAAAGUGAGAGAUAAAAGGGCUCUUCGUAACCAUCAAAAACUCGAUUCCAAAAUUAAUUCUAAUCAAUGGCGAUGGCGAAUCUGGCUCGAAGGAAGACAAGCAGUCUCUUCAACACGACUGUGAUCCGUUCCGAUGUGUUUAGGUACUCAUUCUCUCUUUCAUCUACGCUUUCUAGAGGAUUCGCGUCUGGAUCUGAUGAAAACGACGUCGUCGUUAUCGGCGGCGGCCCUGGCGGAUAUGUGGCGGCGAUUAAGGCCGCUCAGUUAGGGCUCAAAACUACGUGCAUCGAGAAGCGUGGUGCUCUGGGUGGUACUUGCCUUAACGUAGGGUGUAUUCCUUCCAAGGCACUUCUCCAUUCAUCUCACAUGUACCAUGAGGCCAAACAUAGAUUUGCAAAGCAUGGUGUGAAGUUUGAUAAUGUUGCGAUUGAUGUUGCUGCCAUGAUGGGCCAAAAAGAUAAAGCCGUGUCGACUCUCACAAAAGGUAUCGAAGGCCUUUUCAAGAAAAACAAAGUGACCUAUGUCAAGGGCCAUGGGAAGUUGGUCUCACCUUCUGAAGUUUCUGUUGACACCAUCGAUGGUGACACCACCGUAGUCAAAGGCAAGAACAUCAUAAUUGCCACCGGGUCUGAUGUCAAAGGACUACCCGGGAUCACAAUUGACGAGAAGAGGAUUGUAUCAUCCACAGGAGCUUUAGCUUUAACAGAAGUCCCCAAGAAGUUGGUUGUCAUCGGGGCUGGUUACAUAGGCUUGGAGAUGGGCUCGGUCUGGGGCCGUCUUGGCUCAGAGGUCACAGUGGUGGAGUUUGCACCAGACAUUGUCCCGUCAAUGGACGGUGAGAUCCGUAAGCAAUUUCAACGCUCCCUCGAGAAGCAAAAAAUGAAGUUCAUGCUCAAGACUAAAGUGGUAGCGGUCGACACUUCAACCGAUGUUGUGAAACUGACCCUUGAACCUUCAGCUGGUGGUGAGCAAUCUGUACUCGAGGCUGAUGUUGUUCUUGUUUCUGCUGGUAGAACCCCAUUCACAUCUGGGCUUGGUUUGGAGGACAUUGGUGUUGAAACCGACAAAAUUGGUCGAAUCCCUGUAGAUUCAAAAUUCUCAACAAAUGUAAAGGGCGUUUUCGCCAUUGGUGAUGUCAUUCCGGGGCCUAUGUUGGCUCACAAGGCUGAAGAAGAUGGUAUUGCUUGUGUGGAGUUCAUUGCAGGGAAGGAAGGGCAUGUAGACUAUGAUAAGGUACCUGGUGUUUGUUACACACAUCCCGAGGUGGCAUCGGUUGGAAAAACAGAGGAGCAGGCGAAGCAGCUCGGGAUUGCAUACAGUGUGGGGAAAUUUCCGAUGUUGGGAAACAGCAGGGCCAAGUCAAUUGAUGAUGCGGAAGGACUGGUGAAGAUAAUAGCUGAAAAGGAGACUGAUAAGGUUAUUGGUGUUCAUAUUAUGUGCUCAAAUGCGGGAGAGCUGAUCCAUGAGGCGGCUUUGGCUUUAACUUAUGGUGCAUCAAGUGAGGACAUUGCACGCACUUGCCAUGCUCAUCCUACAUUGAGUGAGGCUGUCAAGGAGGCUGCCAUGGCGACUUAUGAUAAGGCCAUUCACAUAUAGGCCACCUUUUCUUCCGUUUUUUGUUAUAAUGAUUGGAUUUGGGAUGUUGGAUCCAAGUUUUCUUUGAUCUGCUACACUUGAUAUUGAAUUGGUUUCAGUUUAUUUCAAGUUUCUUGAUGUGUACACCUUUUGAAUUUUAGAUGCACAAAACUUAUUUUAUCUCCUUGAA